UUUAAAGAUCUCCAAAUAGUCUUCGUAUAGAGAAGUUUUGAUUGGUUGGCUUCCCUAGUAUUUAAACGAAAGCAUCCAGUUGUAGCCAAAUUGCAUAGGUGAGUGGAUUAUAUACUUACGAGGAUACAUUAUGCUGAUGGUUGAGGCAGUAUAUUUGAUCUAAUCUAAAGUAGAAGCAGGCGCGACAGAUGCGCGUUAAAUCCCCGAUAACGGCGUGCGUCAAAAACUCACCAGAGCAGGAUAACAAAACAUAUAUCUGAGGGAAGAAAAGUUAGUAAAUCAAAUUGAGCUGACCUACUUAAAUUAUACGAUUUCGUUCAAUGCAAACCUCCCUCAGUGCCUUUUUUUUUUUUUUCUUUUUGCGUUUUCCCAAAGCGCAAACGCGCGUCUUCCCACCUGCAGCUUGAGCGCGUUUGGGCAGCUCAUGUUUUUCAAUGACAGUUCAUCGAGCAGAGAAAAACUUGUGGAUCUGUAGUCGGUUCACACCCGACUUGUCACGGACAUAAUAGCAACAACAGAUCAAGAGAGGCACGAUAAGGGAGAGUUAUUAGAGCCUGACGCUCGAAGUGCAACAUUUGGAGAUCAUCAGCAGCAGCAGCAGUCAUGGGCAACAGUGUGUCCGGGAUCAGAGCACUGCACAGGGGACAGCAGAACAGAUUUCAAAGACUUCCAAACUCACAUAAAGACUCUCUGGGUGGACCGUUCCCCUCAACAGCUCACCGAUGCCACCACAAACCCAAACGCUGUUUACCCUUGCAUCCGUGUGGAGGUAUCCCUGUGAGCCCCCUUCUCUUCCACCCCAAUGCAAAAGGCUCUCAGAUAGUCAUGGAUCUAGGACAAAGGAGCGUCAAACGGCAGGCCAGCUUCUGCAACGCCAUCACUUUCAGCAACCGACCCAUUGCUCUUUAUGAGCAGGUCCGCUUAAAGAUAACUAAAAAGCAGUGCUGCUGGAGUGGCGCUCUCCGCCUGGGCUUUACUUCUAAGGACCCAUCUCGAAUCAAUCCCGACAGCCUGCCAAAAUACGCCUGCCCUGACCUGGUAUCCCAGAGCGGCUUCUGGGCCAAGGCUCUGCCAGAAGAGUUUGCAAACGAAGGAAACCUAAUUUACUUCUGGGUGGAUAAGAAGGGGAGAGUAUUUUACCGCAUCAACGAUUCCAGCCCCAUGUUGUUCUUCAGUGGCGUUCGGACCACAGAGCCACUGUGGGCCCUCAUCGAUGUCUACGGUCUGACCAGAGGAGUGCAACUGCUGGACAGUGAAGUCGUCCCUCCAGACCUUCUCCGCCCACGAUCCUUCACCACAGUACGUGGAUCCACCUCGUUACGACGUGAAGCAGACACCUCCCGCCUGUCCGUCAGUCUUUGUGAUCUUAACCUGCAACAAGAUGAUGCCAGACUUCGGCUCCCUCCUGCCCCCGUCGCCUGUCCCAUUCCUCAAAAUUCCAUGAACUCCCAGCAGUCGUCACUGCUUCCUCACACCUUGGAAUGUGACCUACGUUUCCACCAGCUCCGAGGUGCCCACAUCAAAACCCUUAACGAACAGACCGUGGCCCGAUCCGAACACAACCGUGAAGAACGCACGCUGGUCUUCACAGAUCGCCCACUGCGAAUUGGCGAAACUAUCUUCAUCAAAGUCAUUAAGUCCAGCCCUACUCGAUCUGGGUCUCUCUCAUAUGGUGUGACGUCAUGUGACCCAGCAGUGCUUCGCCCUAGCGACCUCCCUUACAAUCCUGAGGCACUGGUGGACCGUAAGGAAUUCUGGGCGGUGUGCAGGGUGCCUACUGCUUUGCAGAGUGGCGAUAUCCUGGGUUUCCUGGUCACACAGGAAGGGGAAGUCAUUCUGAGUCAUAAUGGCAACAAUGUGGGUAUGCAGGUGUGUGUGGACAACUCACGACCACUCUGGAUGUUCUUUGGACUGCAUGGUGCUGUCACGCAGCUAAGGAUUCUAGGCUCCACUUUCUUGGGUGAUGCUCGUGACCCAUCCAGCCCUGGCUCGCCCUCUGCCUCGUCCCUCUCGCCCUCAGGCCUGUGCGGUGGAAGCCCAGAGCCCAGUCUCAAUGAACGUGGCUGUUCUGCUGCCUUCUGCAGCUCUACUGAAGGAACAACACCCAGCUCGCCCAUCAGUCUCCCCAAAUCUCCCACUUUCCCAUCUGUCUCAGGCUCAUGGCAGGAUGAGUGUUCUAUCUGCUAUGAAAACACAGUGGACACAGUCAUCUACGCCUGCGGACACAUGUGUCUCUGCUACACCUGUGGCCUCCGCCUAAAAAAAAUGGCCAACGCUAGCUGUCCUAUCUGUAGGAGAGCUAUCAAAGACAUUAUAAAGACCUACCGGAGCACUUAGGGGGGCCCCCUCACCCCCCAAACCCAAGUCUCAUAAGGGCCAUUAAGGAUCUCUAAUAGAUCUCUGUUUCAAGAGAGGGUUGGUGCCACAGUUCAGGGACUCGCUCUGGCACUGCAUGGGUCUCCUUUCCCAUGGCGAUGCCUUUUGAACCCUUGAACCUUCAAGGCUCAGGCAUCCAUUCACAAAGGUCUUUUGUAUUUCAUGCUCAAGUCUCUGUUGCUAUGGUAACCAGUGAUGUUGCUGCUUUUUAGAAGCUUCUGGCUUUUCAACUGACGUAAUACAAAAAUCAUAGACAGUAUCUCAUUGAAUUCAGGACAUUUCAGGUGACACAGGAGAUAAUAAUCAAGUUUGCACAUCUCCCAUUUCUUCUACCUUCUCCGUGAGCCAUAAUAGACUCUCAUUCAUAGCAUAGCUGCAUAUCCUUUAAAGCUGGAAUCAUAUUCAAUAGGGGGUGUUACAGUCUAUUAUUUUUUCCUUCUGCUGUCCUCUCUAGUCAGACCAGCUAAGGCACUUUCACGAUUGAAAUUCAUACAAAAACGUCUCAGAGUUUCACAAUUUUUGUCUGUGCUAGGCUGAGACAGAGGCAGAAAGACAGAUAUAAAGGUACAGUGCUUUUCAUACCUCACCAUUUCAUGCUAGUUGUGUAACCAACAGCUUGCCCAUAGUACAUGCUAUAAAGUGAGUUGAUCUGGAGGUCUUUGUGCAUUGAUGACUAUUUGAUCAUGUGUUUCGUAAUGUAAUAUGAAGCUUUGGUAGGUAGCAGGUGAAGUCAGCUAAUGAUCCGCUAUAAUUUUGCUUAUGCGUGCGUUCAACAAGCAGGACAUUGUGGUGGAAUUAAAGAGAUAUAAUUUGUUAAAACAAUACACAGGCAUGAUUAACCAAGGAGUCAUGUGGCUGAUACACAUAUAUUAAGUUAUAUAACAACUCAUUUAAAGAACAUUAAUAUUGGAUAUCUUAAUUGAUCCAACGGUGCUGGGAAAUGUAAUCGCCACAGAGAAGUGCGGUUAAAUAGAGCACCUCAUCUCACGACCCAAAAACAUGUUGGCCUAAUCAAACCUUGAUUUACUGUGAACUUGUUCUCGACUGUCGAUUGGAACACGCACACUCUGGGUUUUCUGCAAAAGCAAUUGCAAUGUUGCCAUGGAGAGCAAAAUCUAGGAAGAAGGAAAACAGCCUUGAGGCAUUAACCAAUGAAAGAGUCAUUUGUGGUGAGAGGAUAUUUGAUUUGCCCAGUUAAUCCAUAUUUCUCCCAGCCCCCCACUGCCAACAGUUUCUGUAGGCCAAAAGUGGUGUGUAUGGGGAUAAUAGUGAGCACAGACCACUGAUGAAAUAGCAAAUUGAUUAAAAUGGAAUAUGUUUGGGAAACAGGCCGGCUCAGUGUUCCUGCUGGCUUUGAGAAUGAAAAAAGCAGGGUCAAAAAGAUGAUCAAUUUCUUUUUGACUCACCCCCAAAGCCAAAUUCAUGUUAAAAGUAGCAUUUGACAGCAGACUUCUCUUUUGAAGCUUUACAACUGCAUCCAAACAGCUUCUCAAGGUAAUUUAAGGACAAUUAAGGUAUAGAAUGUCUUGCUGCUGUACCAUUGACCAUUGAAAGGUGAACUACAGUACAUCCCUUAUCUCGCUGAGAUUGAUGUUAAUCAGUGAAGAGUUAAUACAGUUUUAUAUUGUAGAGGUAAAAUGCAUAGAUGAAUGUCACAAAACCUGUCAAGAAUAUGCCAUAUUUCACCUCAAAAAUCUAAAGAAAGAAAUGGGAAAUUGCAUUUUGAUUUCAAGACAGUUAAAUAUUUAACAUUUGCAUUUACAGUAUUUACAACAAUUAAGCAAAUAUUCCCUCUUAAUUUACUUUUUUUUUUUUUUUUAUGUCCAUUGCGGUGCGUAGUAUGC